AUGGGUCUCUUCAAGCGCAAAGACUCCAAGAACUCGAUUCAGAGCGAGAAGGAGGAUUUCGACUCGACUGUAACCGUUAACAGUGCUCGUACUUCAAAUGCAUCAUUGAGAUCGCCCGGUUACAAGGGGAGUGGGCUGCCUGCCUCCAUUCCAGAACUACCGAUUGCCAAACCACCUGAUCCGGCCCUCGAUCCAGCGGCCUACCUGCGGAGUAUCCAUGCUGUCCGCGAACGCUGCAGCCUUGUUUUGAACAAGGCCAAGAGGAACAGGCUCAACCACUUUGAUGUGGAUAUGGGCAAAUUCAUGGCUACUGCAUCCUAUAUUGUCUCCAUUAUCAAGAGAGAUUAUGGCCCGGACUACGACUCCAUUCCUCCUCAUGGCCGUUGGCAGCACUUCGACGUGGGUGGACGACCUCGUGUUAACCAAUUGCUUCAGUCUUGGCCCAGUACCAUCGAUGCGCAAGAACGUACUCGGCGAUUGAUCGACCUUUUCGUUGUUUCCGUCCUUCUCGAUGCUGGUGCAGGUACCAGAUGGUCAUACAAGUCGAAGGAGUCCGGCAAGAUCUUUUCGCGGAGCGAGGGUCUGGCCGUGGCAACCUUGGAAAUGUUCAAGAGCGGUUUGUUCAGCAGCGAUCCGACAGAGCCUUGUCAAGUGGAUGGGGCAGGCCUGAAGAAGAUUACGGUGGAAGUACUGGCGAAGGGAAUGCAGCACUCCGAGACCAACCCCUUGGCGGGAAUUGAAGGCCGAGCUGGUCUUCUGAUCCGCCUCUCCGAGGCCUUGAACAACCAGGAUUUCUUUGGGGUAGACGCUAGGCCAGGCAACAUGCUCGAUUACCUCCUUUCUCACCCGUCUACCCUUGCUUCAUCGGUUCCAAUUGUGCCCAUCACCACGCUAUGGAGUGUUCUUAUGGAUGGCUUGUCUCCCAUCUGGCCGCCAUCCCGAACACAGAUUGAUGGGCUUUCUAUUGGAGACGCUUGGCCGUGCUCCGAUCUCCCUAAGUCCCCCCCGGCAAAACCCUGGGAGAGCAUCGUCCCAUUCCACAAGCUUACGCAGUGGCUGUGCUACUCUAUCAUGGUUCCCAUGUCCAAACUCAUGAAGAUCCAUUUCGCCGGCAGUGAACUGCUCACGGGUCUACCUGAAUACCGGAACGGUGGUCUGCUGAUUGACAUGGGGCUGUUGACUUUGAAGGAGCAAGAUCUGGAGCGGGGUAUUGCCGCAUACAAGGAGAAUGCGCAGAUCAAGGGCCAACCCAACGUGGAAGUUGUGCCUCUCUUCUCCACGGAUGACGACGUUGUCGUUGAAUGGCGGGCUGUUACCGUUGGGUUCCUGGACGAGCUACUGGAUGAAGUGAACGGUCAGCUUGGACUGACGGGCGACGACCAAUUGACCCUCGCACAGAUGCUUGAGGCUGGAUCUUGGAAGGGUGGCCGCGAGAUUGCCGAAGUGUCGAGACCCAACACGAAAGAACCUCCGAUCAUGAUCCGUUCCGAUGGCACUGUUUUCUAA